UAAUUUUUUCGCAGGUAAUCAUGGCGUUUCCAGCCAUGAGGGUCUCGAUCCUUAUUGGCCUAAUUGUGGCUGCUCACGCACUCACCAUGGACCAAGAGGCCACAAACAACGCGAUCGCUGCAGCAUUAUCAGCGCAGACCGGCGGGGAAGUAGCCAUCGUCCUCCGACCACACGCCAAGGGAACCAGGAGGGCAGACUUACUGCACGUGAAAGGCGAGGACGAUGAUUCCGUCUCGCUUUAUUACAACAGGAAGAGCCAUAAGGUUUCACUAGAGAGCCUUUACGGUGGUCACCUGAAGUCGGUGUCCUGGCUUCUAGGGUCAGACACCAAGAGCGUCCUGACUCUCGUAGUGUCUCCGAACCAAGUGAAGCUCCUGGUCGGCUGCAAACCUCUGCAUCAUCAUGCGCUGCCAGGGAGAUACGAUCUGUUGACGCUGCUUGCAAAUGACAAGUGCAGAUUAUACCACGAAGAAAACGCCCCAGUAGAAAUCUAUGGCAACGAACGGGCAGCCCUCGACGCGCUCAACUGCAACCCCGACAACCCCCUAGUCAGUGUCGACAACUCCGACAUGGUUGAUGUGCGACACUUGGACGACAUGUUGGGCGACGACUAUCGGGCCAACUCCAUCGACAAUGGCGUGCUGCCCACCCCGGGCCCACCGAGGGGGGACAUACCGUCUACUGAUAUUGAUUGUGAUGACCGGGUGCUCCGUCAACUAGAACUCCUCUCCCAGACGAUAAACAAGUUGCGCAACGAGAUCGCAGACCAGAAGGGCACCAUCGACAGCCUGAACCGACAGCUGCGGGAGUGCUGCCAUCGCCAGCCCACACCGACGGUCGAGCGCUGCACAGACUCCUCCUGCUACCGCGGAGUGGAUUGCCGGAACACCGCCACAGGGAUAGCUUGCGGGCCCUGCCCGCCCGGCACGGAGGGCGACGGGCGCCGCUGCCGACCCGUCACCUGCGACAGGCGACCGUGCAGUAAUGGUGAAUAUUGCACGGAUACGGCGGAAGGAUUCCGGUGCGCUAGAUGCCCUGGCCGUCAGACCAGCGACGGACGAACUUGCCAUACCGCCUGCAACCCCAACCCUUGCUUUGAAAGACGUGUCCCUUGUCAAGACUUGCCCGACGGCGGAUACCGCUGCGGCCCAUGUCCGCCCGGUUACCAUGGCAACGGCGUGCAGUGCUACAGGAGGUCGUGUUCGCAGAUCAAGUGUUUUGAAGGAGUCCAAUGCCAAGAAACCACCGCCGGCCCCCGUUGCGACGCCUGCCCUGGCGGUUACGACGGAGACGGCCAACGCUGCGAGCACGUCUGCGACACACGGAGACCGUGCGGCGAGAGGCGGUGCAGCCCUCUUAGAGAGAGCCCAUUCUACGAGUGCGAGAGCUGCAGCAGGGGGUAUGAGUGGAAUGAUGACAGCCAGCGGUGCGAGAACCUCUGCGACACAAGGAGACCAUGUGGCGAGAGACGGUGCAGCCCUCUUAGAGAGAGCCCGUUCUACGAGUGCGAGAGCUGCAGCAGGGGGUAUGAGUGGAAUGGCCACUCCUGCGUCGACAUGGACGAAUGCGAUUUGAUCCGCCCCUGUGACGAACUAGUCUCCUGUCGCAACUUCGACGGUGGCUUCGAAUGCGGCCCGUGCCCGUACGGGUACACCGGCAGCCAGGGCUGGAGGGGCGCGGGCGACGAGCGCAGGAAUGAACGCUGCGAGGAUAUCGACGAGUGCGCGGAGGGACGGUCGAAUUGUCAGAGGGGGAGGCUGUGUGUUAAUACGCCGGGUUCGUUCACAUGCGUGCCAUGCGGUGGGAACUACUACGUGAACACAAGCAGCUCGUGCUACGACUCUGAUUACCUCAUCCAGCGCUGCGACGUCAACUAUUGUCGGCAGUUCAACGCUGUUUGCGGCUACGGGCAGAAGUGUGUGUGCGCCAUGGGUGACACCGGCAACGGAACCGUCUGCGGACGGGAUUCAGAUCUGGAUGGUCAUCCAGACCAACAACUCAACUGUUCGGAGACUCGUUGCAAAGCUGACAACUGUCCACACGUUCCCAACUCGGGACAAGAGGAUGCGGAUGGAGACGGCUUAGGAGACUCAUGCGAUCCUGACGCGGACGAUGAUGGCAUUAAUAAUAAUCCUGAUAACUGCUGGCUCAAAUACAAUCCGGACCAGAUGAAUCGUGACGAAGACCGAGUCGAUCAGUUUGGUGACGCCUGUGACAACUGCCCUCGGCUGUAUAAUCCAGACCAAGAAGACACAGAUCGCGAUGGACUUGGCGAUCUAUGCGACCCUGACAUUGACAACGAUGGUAUCGCCAACCAAAUUGACAACUGCCCUAAGAAGUACAACCCUCUCCAAGAAGAUAUGGAUCAGGAUCAAAUUGGAGAUGUUUGCGACAACUGCCCCCAUGUCCCGAACCCUUCUCAAGACGACUCUGACAAGGAUGGCGUCGGCGACGCUUGCGACAGCAACGUUGAUAGAGACUUUGACGGCGUGCAAGACGGCUUAGACAACUGUCUGAAACUACCGAACAGCGACCAGCAGGACAACGACAACGACGGCAAGGGCAACGCUUGCGAUGACGACGACGAUAACGACGGCAUCCCGGACAUCGACGACAACUGCCCGCUGGUCGCUAAUAGAGACCAAAUAGAUAGCAACGGUAACGGAGUUGGUGACAAAUGUGAAAACGACUUUGACGGAGACAACGUUGUCAACGAGAAGGACAACUGUCCCAACAAUACCCAGAUAUACCGUACCGACUUCAGACAAUUCCUCUACGUCCACCUGGACCCUGAAGGCGAGUCCCAACAGGACCCUAACUGGGAGCUCCGGGCCGAAGGUGCCGAAAUCAUCCAGACCUUAAACUCGGAUCCUGGGCUGGCAGUCGGCUAUGAUACAUUUGGAGGGGUGGAUUUCGAAGGCACCCUGUUUGUGGACACACAUAAUGACGAUGACUACAUUGGAUUUAUCUUUGGUUACCAGAACAACAAACGCUUUUACGUAGUAAUGUGGAAGAGGAAGACCCAAACGUAUUGGGAGAAGUCGCCGUUCCUCGCGUUCGGCGAGCCCGGCAUACAACUCAAAUUGGUCAACUCCAAGACCGGCCCUGGAAGAAUCCUGAGGAACGCGCUUUGGAAUAAUGACACUACUCCGGACCAGGUGGAGCUGCUAUGGAAAGACCCACGCAACAAAGGCUGGGAACCGAAGACCGCGUACCGCUGGAGAGUGAUCCACCGGCCCAACAUCGGUCUGAUCCGCCUCAAGAUAUACGAGCAGGAUCAACUGGUGGCCGACUCUGGGAACGUCUACGAUCUCACGCUGAAGGGAGGCAGGCUUGGAGUGUUCUGUUUCUCGCAGGAGAUGAUUAUCUGGUCGGACCUCGUCUAUAGAUGUAAUGAUAAAAUACCAACAAAUAUAGUAUCGGAGUUGCCUCAAAGUCUACACGAGAAAUUCGAGGUAGACCACGACUUUGUAUAUCUGUAAAUAAAAUAUUGUUAGCUACAAAGUCUGCAAACUGCUGCCAACGCAACGCGACCACCCAACGGGACCCCUUCCUCAGGCAGCGAGGACUAAAACUCAGCCUAUGUGGCCGUAGCUGCUCGUUCGAUUAACAUAAUACAUCCUUAAAUACUAGCUCUGAGAUUUUUAUU